AAUAUAUAAUAUAGUUAGGUAAUUAUAAUGGGUGACCAAAAAAUUCCAUGAAACCUCUGUAUCUUCGUCUAGCUUUAAAAAAGUUGACUCGCACGACCUUUUCCAUGGCAAUGGCUUCCUCUACACAACCAUGAGCUUGCUUCCUCGUUGCCGCCAUGCCACUCCAACAGCUUCCCUUCUUCCGCUGUCGUCCUUGAUCUUUCAACUCUCCUUCUCCCAACGGUUUGUUUUCUCCUUCAUUUCUGCUUCCAGAUUCCAAAGUGUUUCUCGGAAUCAAGCAAAUAAACACAACCAAACCAUGCGAUUAUCACUGCUUCCUGAUGGAUGGAUGCUGCAAUCUCUGAUUGGACUCCACAGCGCUAUUCCUCAAUCAUAUUACCGAACGGCGUCGGUAUUCUUUUUCUACUUUUGGACUUCAUUGCCUUAAUGACAAAGAAAGGUGCGAGGUCAGUGUUUGAUGCUUUUUUUUUACUUCUUUUCGGUCAGAUGAAGAGUUGUUGAUGAUCGGAUUGUAGCUCAAGAUCUCCAGGUGACUCCAUUUUUUUCUACUGCAAUUUUCUAGACUUUGUAUACGGUUUGAUUUUCAGGUCAUCUGCGUAGCGUAGCGUAGCUUCCUUGUUUCUAGUUUCUCAUCGCUUUUGUCUGUUCAGUAGGAAGAACUAACCGGUGAGUCGAUCGGAGCCCUAUCCUUUUCUGAAUGCCAGUCAUACUGUAAUUUCAAGUUCCGAUAAGCUUUUUAAUCUCCAGGUUAAGGAUCUAAAUCUUGUUUGGCUUGUUCUUGAUAGUGAACACUUUUCCUUUUGCACGAACAGCUUUUAAGAUUCUCCGAUUGAAUUCUAAAACAAGACAGUGAUCACAGUAAAACUUAGGGUUCAACUGAUUUUUUUGUUGUUUUUUUCCUCUUCAAAUUCAUGCAGAAGGUCGAUAUGUCAGUGUUUCUUCACAUCUUGCGUUGCUUUUGCUGUUGUUGUGAUGAUCCUGAUCUUGACAACAAUUACCGUGAAAUUUAUACUGCUAAUAGUUCUGAAAGAUUCAGAGUUUCCAACGUUCGUGAUUCAAGUAGUUAUCAAAAAAUCCAACCAGAUACUUCUGCUGUAACUCCUCUUCUUUAUUAUGAUCAUUAUCCAAAUUAUUCCAAGGCAAAAGAGUCGACAUUGGAGAAGAGUAGUACAGCAUCUUAUAAUGCCAAGACUUCAAAUCUACUGCAGCAUUCUAGUAAACCUCAGUCUUCACCUGUAUUCCCAAAACCAUCUUCCCAUACUGCUGCUCCCAACUGUGGGAAAUCCAAUUCAUCUUCCUUCAGAGCUCAUUCGCUUUCAUCAUCGACAUUGGAGAAGACUAGUACAGCAUCUUAUAAUGCCAAGACUUCAAGUCCAUUGCAGCAUUAUAGUAAACCUCAGUCUUCACAUCCAACUCCAUCAGGCUCUAUUAGUCCUUCUUCGUCGUCUUCGUCUUCCUUCGGAGCCCAUUCGCGUUCAUCGUCACUUCUUAGACCUCAAGAGAUAUCGUAUCUACGAUCUCCUUCUCCAGUUUCCUCUGACUUAACCCGAUCUUCAGUUAACCAACUUGUUUCUUCAUCUAAACUGCCAACACCAACUCCAAAGCCCUCUUAUUCUCUUCCCUCCCCAUCUACUACAUCUUUCCCCGAACCUCCUCGAGAGCCGACUCUACAUCCAACUUCAUCCAGUAAAACAAAUGCACAGGAGUACAUAUUGGAUUCUGAUAGUUUGUCGACUUUGUACUUAGCUCCUAAGGAUAUUGAAGAUCUGAUAAAAAACGACAUUGUACCUCAUGUUCUGAGAAAACCUCUGUCGCCUUCAACAUAUAAGUCUUACUUUGCUGCCCUGCUCUAUGCUGAGGACUUCUAUUAUAAGAAAUGGAGUGAUUACAAAUUGAGAAAUGUCAGUUUGGAGCUCCAACAAAUAACAAUCCAUAAAAGACCGAACAAGAAAACAAAGUUCAAUGGCCAUGAGAAGGUCACUACAACCUUUGUGGCAUUUGAGAUCGACUCUGUCCCUGAGAGGCGGCCAUUUCUCUUGUCAAGGGAUUUGGUUCAUGCAAGGCUUUGUGAGAGGAAACUUGAGCCAUUUCAGGGCCUUGUCUACAAAGUUUCCAGGAGUAAUUAUCAAUUAAGGAUGAACAACAUUCUGUUGGUCAAUUUUGGGGAAGACUUCCAUUCUCGGCAUCGCAAAACCGACAAAUACGACAUCAGUUUUACCUUCAACAGAGUUUGUUUAAAGAGAGCUCACCAAGCUAUAAAAGAAGCGUCUGAUUCUUUGCUCCAGAGUUUCCUCUUCCCUAAAUCCACGUCCAGAAAAGUCGACCCCUACAUCGAAGUUACACGUUCAGGCCAGCAAUUACUUGACCCUGCUCAAAAGAAUGCAAUUCGUCAGAUUUUACUCUUACAAGGUUCACCACCUUACCUAAUCAGAGGUUCACCCUGUGUUAGCUCUUAUGACUGGGCAGAGAAUCAAACUAGGAAAAUCACGAAAACAGGAGAAGUUGUUGUAGGAGCAGUGUUUCAGAUUUACUCAACCUCUCCUAAUUGUAAAAUUCUGAUAUGUGCUCCCAGGAAUACAACAUGUGAUGAGUUGAUGAUAUCUUUGAAGAAGGUGAUUCCUGAGUCGAACAUGUUCCGUGCUAUCGCGGCUUUUCGAGAACGAGACGAGGUCCCAGAUGACAUCUUACCACUGUGUGACUACAACAGGGAUCAGGAGUGUUUCGCUUGUCCUGCACUUGACGAGCUCCACAAAUACAAGAUAAUAUUCUCGACGUUCAUGAGCAGCUUUCGACUACGUACUAAAGGCUCGGCUCCUGGACAUUUUAGCCAUAUUUUUCUGUUGGAUGCAUCGGCAGCUAUCGAGCCUGAGGUGCUAGUUCCCUUGACUAAGUUUGCAAUAGAUGCUACUAAUGUCAUAGUUACGGGACAAAGAGGGAAUCAUCCAUAUUGGGUACGGUCACAAAUUGCUCGAAGACAUGGAUUGAAGAUAUCAUAUUUUGAGAGACUUGAGGAGAGGAUGCCAUAUAGAGGCAAUAAUCCAUCCUUCAUUUCAGAGGUAUAUGAGGAAGAUGAUGAAAGUGAGGAUAGCUUUAUAUGAUGAUCAACUACCAUCCUAGAACAUGGCUUUAUGUGAUUGUUGUACUAUAAGUUGAAAGAUGUUAAAACUUUCAAACUAUCUAUUUUAGUUCUUAAAUUUUCACGACCUAGGACGAACAAAUGAAAAUUAAGCCUUUCAAAUUUUCAUAUAAUAUCACAACAUCUAUAUCAUGAA